UACAAAACAGUCCCACACUCUCCCCAUUCAUCUUCACCAUUUCACUCCUCUCAUGGAGAACCAGAACCGCCAUGAACAACCUUCAACCUCCGCCAGAAGAAGCUUGAAGAGGAAGCUAGAGGACGAACUCACCGCAGAUCGGAACAUCACAUCACUCAUCGACGUCACUCUCGCCUCUGAAGUUCUCGCUCAGGUUCAAAUCAUCGACUCUAAUUUCUCUUCCGAUGAAGCAGAUCGUGCGUUAGUUAAACGCUCUGUUCAUUUCCUCUCCGAGCUCGCGAAAAACGAGGAUAUUGUUAACUUAAUUGUUGUAUCCGGUGCGGUUCCAGCGCUAGUGCGGCAUCUUCAAGCGCCACAGGUGAAAGAAGUUACGGUACCGGGGGCGUAUGAGCAUGAAGUGGAGAAGGGAUGUGCUUUUACUCUUGGACUUCUUGCCAUAAAGCCUGAGCAUCAACAACUCAUUGUCGAUGCUGGAGCCCUACCUCAUCUGGUUGUUCUGCUUAAGCGUCACAGGGAGGGCCAGAAGUCUCGAGCAUUAAACGGGGUUAUAAGAAGAGCAGCAGAUGCAAUCACAAACCUUGCACAUGAGAAUAGCAGCAUCAAGACCCGUGUCAGGGUUGAAGGUGGAAUCCCUCCUCUUGUUGAAUUGCUUGAACACACCGACGCAAAGGUGCAGAGAGCUGCUGCAGGGGCCCUGCGUACCCUAGCUUCUAAAAAUGAUGAAAACAAAUUUCAGAUUGUGGACUACAGUGCUUUACCUACUCUUAUUCUAAUGCUCCGGUCUGAAGAUGCAGCAAUACACUAUGAAGCAGUCGGUGUGAUUGGGAAUCUCGUCCACUCUUCCCCCAACAUAAAGAAGGAAGUUCUUCUUGCUGGAGCGCUGCAACCUGUAAUAGGAUUGCUUAGCUCAAGUUGUUCAGAGAGCCAAAGGGAAGCUGCAUUAUUGCUUGGACAGUUUGCUGCUGCCGAUACAGAUUGCAAGGUUGGCCUAAAUGUUCACAUAGUCCAAAGAGGUGCUGUUGGUCCACUAGUUGAGAUGUUGCAGUCUCCGGAUGCUCAACUAAGGGAGAUGUCAGCUUUUGCUUUAGGAAGGUUGGCACAGGAUACUCAUAACCAAGCCGGUAUCGCACAGGGUGGUGGUAUAACUCCGUUGUUGAAACUUCUUGAUUCUAGAAACGGUUCUCUCCAACACAAUGCUGCGUUUGCAUUAUAUGGUCUUGCUGAUAAUGAGGAUAAUAUUGCUGAUCUUAUAAGAGUUGGUGGGGUCCAAAAGCUGCAGGAUGGUGAAUUCAGUGUCCAACCAACUCGGGAUUGUGUAGCAAAGACAUUGAAAAGGCUCGGGGAAAAGAUUCAUGGACGGGUAUUGAGUCAUUUGUUGUACCUAAUGCGGAUUUCUGAAGAAUCUGUUCAAAGACGAGUUACCAUGGCUCUCGCGCAUCUUUGUUCACCAGAUGACCAGAAAACAAUAUUCGUUGAUGCCAAUGGACUAUCGAUACUCUUAGAGCUAUUGGAAUCAAGCAAUUUGAAUCACCAACGAGAUAGUUGUGUAGCCUUGUGCAAGUUGGCUGAAAAAGCGAGUUCACUCUCUCCUGUCAGUGCAGGACCACUAUCUCCAAUAUCUCAGGUAUAUUUGGGUGAGCAGUUGGUAAACAACCCAACACUAUCUGAUAUUACUUUCUUAAUUGAAGGCAAACGCUUCUACGCUCACAAGAUUUGUCUUCUUGCUUCUUCUGAUGCGUUUCGGGCAAUGUUUGAUGGCGGGUACAAGGAGAAGGAUGCUAAAGACAUUGAGAUUCCAAAUAUUAGAUGGGAUGUCUUUGAGUUGAUGAUGAGAUAUAUGUAUACCGGGUCAGUAGAUGUGAAUCUGGAAAUUGCUCAGGAUCUUCUUAGAGCUGCAGAUCAGUAUCUACUUGAGGGGCUAAAGCGUCUUUGUGAGGAUACCAUUGCGCAAGAUAUACGGGUGGACAAUGUAUCACUUUUGUAUGACUUAUCGGAGGCCUUCAAUGCUGUGUCACUAAAGAAUGCCUGCAUUUUAUUCGUUCUGGAGAACUUUGACAAAUUACAUUCAAAAUCAUGGUACGGUGAUUUGAUCAAGCGUGUAUUGCCGGAAAUGCGCAGUUACUUUGUGAGGACGCUCUCGAGGCCAGCGGAAAGUGACGUGGGACAACAUGUGGCGUAGUUUUAUUUUUUAUCAACUGAUUUAGCCAACUUAGAAGAGCAGAAUUAAUGCUGUACAGAAAGUGGGUUAUAGGUUUGAUUUGUCCAACGGUUAGAAUGUUUUUUUUUGUUGUUGUGGUGGAAGUAUCAAUGCUUGUGUCAAGUGUCACUUGUCUUAUUCUUCUCUCCAUUCCCAUCAUUAAUAUGAAUAUGAGCAAAAAGGUCCGUCUCUUCA